GGGAGGGCGGCUCGUUUUGUCUCCGCAAGGAGGGAUCGGUAUAAACCAGACGGGGUGGAGCAUAACACUGCCGUGCCCCUCUUCCCGCAGACGGCCUUGUGUCCCGUUUGCCUUGAGCAGAGAAAAAACUGUUGAAACUAACCGACAGAAAGAGGGGGCCGGCCUAUGGGAGGGACUACUGCAAAGGGAGAAUUGGAAGGAGGAGGGGGUGGGGAGGCGGCACGGGUGCUGUUUCUCCAGUCUCUUUCCCGUGUCUUUGUCUCACACUCUUUUGUUAGCCAUGCCUAGCCUGCUGGUUCUAGCAGGGAUCAUGGACAAAAAUGGGGGCUACGGCGGGGAUCUAGCCGGCUCCGGCUUCGGUAGUGAAGGUCUCCUGGUGCCACCCGAUGAAGAAGAGGAUGGCUCUCGUGCCCUCAGGGUCGCGUUGGGCCAGCUGUCUCUGCUGGGUCUCGGGGAAGGCGAAGACGGUGGUGGGGUUCCAGCAACUGGAGUACAGGACCGGAGUAACAAUAACAAUAACCCCCACAACCAUGCUAACAACGUCGGAGGAGGUGGUGGCGGCGAUACCGGGCUUUUGCAAGGGAAGAGCAAGUUAUGUGUCCUGUACGAGGGACCCUCAACUGAAACUAAAGGACGUGGCUGCAACAUAACAGAAUGCGUCCCUGUGCCCAGCUCUGAACAUGUGGCCGAAAUAGUGGGGAGACAAGGGUGCAAGAUCAAGGCACUCCGAGCCAAGACCAACACCUACAUCAAAACGCCCGUCCGGGGCGAGGAGCCUGUCUUCCUCAUCACCGGCCGCAAAGAAGACGUGGCGCUGGCAAGACGCGAGAUCAUCUCAGCGGCCGAGCACUUCUCUAUGCUGCGGGCUUCCCGCAACAAGCUUGGGGUCUCCUUCAGCGGUUCCCCGCCCACGCCCCUGCCUGGCCAGACCACCAUCCAGGUAAGGGUCCCGUACCGUGUGGUGGGCUUGGUGGUCGGCCCCAAGGGCUCCACCAUCAAGCGCAUCCAGCAGCAGACGUGCACGUACAUCGUGACUCCCAGCCGCGACAGGGACCCCGUCUUCGAGAUCACGGGCUCCCCGAGCAACGCCGAGCGGGCACGCGAGGAGAUCGAGGCGCAUAUUGCCUUCCGCACGGGCGGCAUCCACGACCACAACAACGAGAACGACUGCCUGGGGCCCGACAGUGCCACCACGGGGUUGGAGAGUCGUCUGCAGCAGGUGUGGGGCCUGCAGGGAGGCCAGCGCAAGCCCCUCACCAGCAGCUACCGCCAGAAUUUCUCUGACGCCAUGGUCGGUGGUAAUGGAGGAGUAGGGGGCAGCAACGGUGGUGGGGGCGGGAUAUACAGCAAGGGUGAGUACCCCAACCCUGGCGGCAACGACAAGCCAGGCUCCUACUUCGGUUCCGACGGAUCUUCCAGCUGGGUGGACCCUGACUACCCCAAACAAAUGGCCUUCUACGCCCAGCAGCGCUCCAAAAGCUUUGGGGGUCUUCCUCUGCCUCUCACCAGACUGUCCCCCAGCCUGCCGGAGUCCUGUGGCACCACGGCGCCGCCUGUGGUCGGGGGGUCCCCCCACGCGCAGGCCCGACGUGCCCACAGCGAGCCCACCUCCAGCAGCCCCGCCUUCCCUCCCGGUCGGCUGCCACUGUCCGACUCCCCGCCCACCAUGAGGGACUGCAUGACGUGUUUCGAGAGCAAGGUGACAGCUGCACUGGUGCCAUGCGGUCACAACCUCUUCUGCAUGGAGUGCGCCAUCCGUAUCUGUGAGCUCAGCCACCCCGAGUGCCCUGUCUGCCACACCCUUGUUACGCAGGCCAUCCGAAUAUUCUCAUAGAAACAAACAAAAAAAAAUCUUUUUUUAUUUUAGUUUUAUGUUACUCUGUGAUUGAUUGAAUGAAUGAUUUAAUGAUUCAGUGAAUAUGAUUUUUUAUUUUAUUUUUUAUGUUUCUUUUGUUACAUUUUGUGUUUUGCUCUUUUUUAAGUGAAUUUUAACCAAACAAGCAGAUAUUUUAGAGGGCACUGCUUGCUUUACUAAAAAAAGUCAGAAAUAUUUUUAAGUUUUUCUUUUAUAAAUAUACACACAUAUAUAUUUUAUAAAACUUUUCAUUUAUACGUAAAAUAUAGGUCGAAACAUUUUUCUUUGACUCAAAAAGGCUGCUGUUUACCCGAUCUUAUUCAAGAAUGGGUGUGAACAGACAACUCAUAAUGUGAACAUUUGAGUUAUCUUUUUUUAAACGAGAAAGUAUGGAGGAUAGUUUUACAUCCUGGUAUUCAAAUUAACAUGUAAGAAGCAAACAUAUUUUGAAAAUAUGUUUAAAAGAAAAACUAGCUGCACCUUACAUUUAUUCACAUCAAACUAUGAUUGUCAACCCUCCUUGCUAAUUAGAAUAUUAUUAUCGAUAUAUAGGAUUCUCCAAACCUUAACUUGAUUUUAUAUGUAUACCAAACUAACAGUUGAGAAUUGAACAAAAGCUCAGAGGACUGACAAUUUAUUUGCUAUUUAAUUUGCACCAUUUUUCAUAAUUAUGAAACAAAGAACCCUUACAAAAAAUGCUAGCAGUCCUGUUAAUAUCCACAAGAAUGUUCUGGAAAAAAUGGAGGGAAAGAAAAAAGUAGGAACCUAAGGAAUUUUACUUAACAAUAUGUUUGGCCAAAUGCCUAAGUCUCUAUGUCCAGUCUGCCUAGUAACACUCGGUAUGUCUUCAUACAUCAGUUAGAACCAUUUUAUUCUUAAACACUUUUAAUAGAUAUUCAGAUAUGAACAGGAAACCAUUUUUAUUAGUGACUCAUGUGACAUCGUUGUGGUUUUCUGAAUUUAUAAAACUCAGUAGAAGUUGAAUGAGGAUGGCUGUCUGGUUAGGAUUCAUUCAGUCUUUCCAGGAAACAGUUUCCCCUCAGAAUCCUCGUCCUAAAACCCCCCUCUCGUGCCCAGAUAAUUUCUCUGUUCAGUGGGUGUUGCGUAAAUAAUCUGAGAACUGUUUUUUUUUUUGUCUUGUUGGAUGUCCAAGAGUGUCUGUGUGUGUGUUAACGGUUGAGAGAAGCUUCACAGUAUAGUUGAGCUGUGAGUCACAGAUGAUGCAGCGAUAAAUUUGGGAGAAAAGUUGGCCUAUAAUCAGAUUUGGAAAAAGCCCCGCACAAAGAAGGGGACAGGGCGAGAGGCUUAGCUCUACUCUACAUCAUGAGGCCUCCCCUCCCCCAUUUACCACAGUCGUCUAUUUGGGCUACAAAGUGCCUGCUGUCCGGUUUUUGUGUGUUGUAGUAAUUACUGAAGCAGCAGCUAAAAGCAGGUGUUUCAUAGUGCACUGUAGAUGUGACCUCAAGUUCAAGUCCUCCCCCCUCCUGCUCCUUUCUGCCAGCCUUUCUCUCCCUUCAUUUUCUUUAGGACUGCCCCCCCCCCCCCCCCCCUCCCAACUUUACCCCGUUUAGCCGCUCACACAUACACAGACCCAAAGCAAGCCUUAAUGACUAGCUGCUGCUCCUGUCGGGUCCUUCCCAGAGCCUCACAUUGUUUCGUCCAUAGUGGCGGCAUUGGCGCACUACUCUCCGAGCUCAGUCCUCCCUUAUGAGGGAUCGAUAAUUAAUCACGUGACCUGGUUCCAGGUGCAAGCAGCAGCGGCAGCAUGGGCACAGCCGAGGCAGCAGGGGAGGACCAACAGCUCUGGGUCCAGCUGCCAGUGGCGAAACCGACACACACACACAUACACACACACACACACCACGGCCAAGCCACCACCUCCACAGUUGGGUCUGAGAAACAGGCCGCUCACUUGCUACCCCUUACUCUUUUCAUUUGGAGCCUGGACUUGGUGCAGCUGGGACUGCCCUCCACCUCCCCAACAACCACCAUACACACAGACACACAGACACACACACACACACACACACACACCUCCCUCUCUAACUCUCCCUCCUCCCUGCUCUAAUCUACAGUGCUUCCACAGGGGAAAGGGGCCUCCUUUGUCCUGUCAAAAAAAACGACAAAAAAUAAAAGAUUUCAAAGAAAGAAAAAACAGGGCCAGCUGAAAUGGAUGCCAACUCAGACUGCUUACUGCUAAUCAGUUGCCUUUUGUGUGUGUGUGUGUGUUUUUUUUUCUCAUUUCGCCCCCUACUUCUUUUCUUUUGGAUGACAGUGGUAUUGUUGGGUUAGGAAAGGAUGUCCCCUUGCAUGAAGUUCCCCCACACACAAGAAGAAGAGUAUAAGAUGAUGCUGCAGAGCUAGCGAAACGAAGACCUAAGACCUAACAUCAUACAAACUAAUGGUUGUGUUAGUGGAGGGGGAAGUGCAGAUAAUGUGUGAAUUGUAUGCCCUUAUGGGUUGGUGUGUGUUAUGUUUGGGGGAGGGCUGUAUCCUUCAGUUACCCCACCACACACACACACACACACACACACACAAAUGCACACACAGGUCAUGGUUUGUGUGUGACCUCAUCCAGCCCAUAGCAGGACCACACUGGACUCCAGAAUGCAAUCACACAAUUGUAAAUGACAAGAAAGUGGAGGAAACGCCCCAUUUAGCUUCUGCUCAUGCUGAAUCAAAUUACAGAGCCACUGCCUGCCACAUACCCAGGCUGGGGCUUUUCAGAGGAGGGGAUUAGGGCCAUUGGAGAGCGUCUUUUUUGAGAGCAGGGGAGAGAGGGGAGGAUGGAAUACUGCAAGACUGGAGAGUUGGUGUGGAACUACAGUGUUUCUGAAUGGCGGGUUGCUUUUGGAAUUUGGGUGAGGUUCUCCCUAAUACAUCCCUUUAGAGCUAGACGUUUGGGUUCAUGAUUGGUUUUAUUCAGGAGCCUUUUAGCUACCCAUGCAAUAGGUGUUUUUUGAGGAUGGCAAAAAAAAUGUGCGGCGGUUUGGCCUUGAUUUGAACUGAAUAUUUAAAGGCUUCCUCAACUUUAAAUAUUGACAGCAGCUUCUUAAUAAUCAGUGUGGGGCAAUAAUUUAAAAGACACGGGUAAGCUUUCAGUUAGUUGUACGUAGAUACCCACUUAACCCCUUCAGAUAAUUUUUACUUAAAUUAGCCAUUUAAUUCAUGUUAAAAUGCGGCGAUAAUGACAUUUGAAAAUAUUGAGAAAGCACCUUAUUUCUAAGAAAGGACAGUAUGGACGGAAGCUAAACCGACUGUUGAUGGUGGACAUUCAUGGUAGUUGAGAGUUGUGCACAACCUGGAUUUUAUUCAAGCAAGAUGAUUGUUGUUUGGUGUAGUGUGACUAGAUUUUGGGUGUACUUUGAUUUGCACUGAAAGCUUUUGGAGAAAACCAUUUCAAAUAGUGGUAGGCAUGAUGAGACCGUGAGUUUAGUUCAAAUGGGUUCAGGCAUCCACACUACUAUAUAUAUCUUUCUGUUAGCUAACACCGCCCUCUUACUGAAAUAGUCGUGAAUCUAUCAAAUAAACAUCAGAUGAAUCGCCAUACUCUCUGACAUAGAUGUUUAGUAGAAGUGUACACACACUUUAUUGCACUGCUAUUACCUAACAUCAAUAUAUUACUCAUUCAUCAAACCAUAAGCAGAAGAGUGUAUCUAUGCAGUGCAUGGCGUUAUGGUUAAACGCUUUUGUCCAAAGUGACGAACAAUAACAACAAUAAGCAUUUAGCUAAAUACAUCUGUCACAUUGAAAGAUUGUCAAACAACAGUUUCCACCACCAAAAGAUCACGCCUUUACAUAAACCAGGUUGCACAUAAAUGCUGGAAAAAGCAAUAUCACUCUCAAACAAACCAGCAGUAAAACUUCAUAAACAGAAAAAGAUAUUAAAACGGUUAACAUACUUUGUUGUAAGUUUAUAUCUAUAGUCAGUGGAAGUUCCAGUGUGAGGGAAAUCCGUGACAAGUAUUAUUUUCAAUUCUUGAGUUGUUGGAUGAUGUAUUCUAUCUUUUUCUGUUACACUAACGCGUACUAUUCCCAAUUGUCACUGACUGCAUAUGCAUUCAAAAUAUGCCUUCUUACAAGAACUUUAAUAUUGUUAAUGCCAGCACAGUUUGUCAUCAGUGAAUAUGUUUGUAUAGUUAAAAACUUUUUGUGUUUUUAUUUUUUGUUUUGUUUCAUUUUACAAAGUUCUUAAGGUGACAAGAACAAAAGCUACAUUUCCUGUUUGCCCCAAGCAGGACAACAGGGGCCCCUGAACCUGUAGAAUGGGAUUUUUGUGUCCAAAACAAGUCAUGAACAGUUGUGAGCACAAUAGAAAGUUUGGGAACAGUUUACUUUAUUACCCCUUUAGGACUGCUCAAAGAUGGCUUUUACAACCAUGAACAAACUGAUGCCCACUAACUAACACUAUUGAGCCAAACAUAUCUCUUUUAAAGAAAAGUAGCAUUUAUUUGACAUUUAUUACGUGUACUCAUAUGUAGGGAAAAUCUUUAUAAAAAAAUAUAUAGCAUACCAUAAGCAUAUCAUGAAAAUAUAUUUCAGUAUUGAAGUUGAUUAAGAAAUUAUUUUCUGUAGUUAAUGGAUGGGACUGCUUAGCUAGGUCUUUAAAAUGUUACAGCUAGUUUUCCGUUCUCUGGGUAAGAAAUUUAAGAUCAAAUGUCUAUGGUAGCCAAAGAAUAACCGAAUAGGGAGGCAUUUCUAAAAUAUGUAAAAAUAAUCACAAUACUGAGCAAACAUCAUCUGAAAUAUAUUGGAUUUAGUAUGUUCAGGCAGCUGACUGAAACCAAUUCAUAGCCAACUCAACCAACUCCCUCCAUCUUACAACACCAUCCAUUCAUCAACGUCUUAUGCCACUGAACGAUAGAAGAAAAUCUUGCAAAACAACGGUGCACUUCUGUGGAAUUCAUAUCCAGUCAAGUGCAAUCCCAGUAGUAUUGCAUGAUUCAUUUGCAAUCCAACUUACUUGUCUUGUAUUGAACUCCAUAAAAAAAAAAAAUCAGGUAACACCAGGUUAUGUGAUGGAGUGCUGUUUUGUCAACAUCACCAGGUAGUCAGGCGUGCUUAAUUAAGGAGACGGGCCUUUGUUUACACUUUAUUUUCAUGAACAAAUGCCACAUGGGCUAUAUUAUUCUUUGAUUCCCCCAGGGAUUUGAAAUGUAAAAGGGGUCUACAAGUAAGGGUUUAGGUUAAGAGUAUACUAUGGUUUUACGAGUAUGUAUUGCUCUUGUAUUUUUUAAAAUACCAUGUUUAUAAGUAGCUCUUUGAUUUUGCAUGCCGUUGAAUUGAUGCAGAACAUUAACCUAUAAAAUGUUAAGAGUAAGAUAUGGACCACAGGCUGUAAGAUGAAAGCUUUAGCAAUGAUUUUUACCUAAUGUUAGCAACAGUGUAAUAAUGACUAUAACCACAUCUUAAUGAAAUGUUUGCUUUGAGAUAUAGCUUCAUAUAUUCCCUCAAAUGGUAAAGGAUGCUAUCCCAUGUCUUAAAAUUAAGAAAGCAGAGCUUUUUUGUGACACAGGGAUGUAUAUCUUCUAUCCUCAUUCCUAUAAUAUUAGUAUUAUUCAUACAAUAUUACAUAAGCCUAUAUUACAAUAGCUAUGCUAGAAACUUUAUGAUAAUUUAUUUUCUGAAUAAGAUGUUUUCAAGGCUGCAUUCUACAUUUUAUAAUCAUGGCAGUGUCCCUUUUCAGUGAUUGGAACUUUAGAUGCACUUAAGUAAGGCCUAUCAGUAUAGAAAGAUAGGUAGUUAAUACAUUUGAAUGUAAAAUUACCCCUCCCCUGACCCAAAUCUCUACAUCAACCAAUGGACUUCUUUUGCCUUUUGUUUAUUUGUCAAAUAUAAGCUUUAAGUUGUUGUCAUGGCAAGAGCAUGAGAGAAGGGUCAAUCACAGUAUAUGUUUGGGUCAUUCCGCUCCACGUUUAUAGAAAGCAACUAAAAGAAGAAAAAAAUAUUAUUACAGUUUCGUAAAAUUCUAUUUUGCUAACAUGAGUUAUUAUUUCAUAGCAAGAGGAAAAAAGGGUCAGUAUCUGGAUGUUAUUUAUGAAAUCAAACAUAUUUAUGAGUGACCUCAAGACAUUUUGUUUUUUAAUUAAAAAUUACAAGAAGUUAAUAUAUUUCUAAACUCGAAGUUGGUUUCUACUAAAAAUAUUACAAAAUGAAAGACGUUUUAUUUAUUAAAGUUUAAGAAAUCCUUCCAGCUUGAUUUCACUGACAAAGUGACAUCAGGUGAUGGAGGGUUUCUUUGACUUCUACUUAAACUUCAGAUAUGCACUAUUUUAAAGGAAGACCAGUGCAUUCAACAGUGGAAAUACGUCAGAGUGUAAUAUAAUAUUUUUAGGAUUUGGAAGUAUUUUAGUUACUCAGCGUUAAAUUCGUGCCUCAAUUACGCAUUACUUUUGCGUCUUGCAUCAACACUUAGUAAGUGUUGUUUGCUUAACCCUCUGACUAAUCCCACAUAACCAACUCGACAUAUAACACCCCUUUUGUGUCCUAGAAUUCCUCCUAUAAUUUGUAUUUUGUUUUCCUUCCUUGCUGCUGCAUCAUUCCUGAUUGCAGUGCUGAGAAUUGAUAUCACAGGUGACGAAGUGAGACUGAUUCAUUCAGUCAACUUACUGUAAACAGACACUAACUUGCAUACUUACAUGCAUAUAUAUUUACUACACAUACUGGUGCUCUUAAAAUCCUGUGGACACAAUUCAGGGCCUGUGGAAAAUGACAUCAUGGGAGAGGCAAUGUGACAAAUGAAAUGGCUCCAUUGUUAUGAACUCUCAUUUUAGAGACUAUAAGUGUCAAGACUGUAUUUGGAUUUUGUACCAUAUUCCCGGGAUGUUUCCAUGAAUACUUGAGCUUAUGUGUAGUGGAUCUAUGAGUCUCUCUGCCGCACACACAUACAUGCAGACACACACACACACACAUACAAUCCAAUAUACCUGUACAAGUUUGCAUGUAUCAUAUAUCAUCACCAAAACUGGAGAAGCAUUGAACCUUUUGUGUUUGUGCUGUUGAACCUAUUAACACAAGGGCUCAAGUGCUUUUUUCCGCUUGUAGAUUUUCAUAGGCAACACUUAGAGGACUGUGUAUUUACAAUAUGACAUCAAUAAAGGACACAGCUUAUGUCCAUCUGACUAUUUAUAAUAUGACAUCAAUAAAGGACACCGCUUAUGUCCAUCUGACUUUGAUGGCACAUUUCAAUAGGCUGAAGUGAAGGAAAUGUCUGUUGAAGUGUGUUAUCAGGUCAACACUCUUCUGAACAACUUUACAUCCAUUUUUUUGUUGUUUUUCUUCAAACCUGUUUCAUAUAUGCAUUUACAAGAAAUUGUGUGUGAUUUGUUCUCAGUCAUGAAUGGUAUUGAAUUAAGAGAGGGAUGGGACAGUCAGUCUUAUCCUUUUCAGAAGGUGAUAUUCCCGUCUGUCUUAGGUAGCUUUCAGAAUCUUCCAGCACAGUAGAAGUGUUCCAUACCAAUUUUACAUGAAUAAAUACAUACAUACAGUAGUGAUCUUAGUGCUUUAGGUUUAAGCCAGUCAACUCCUAGUCUCAGUUUCUGGUUUCUUUGUGGUGAGUGAGAAGAGUUGGCCCUCUCAUGGCCAGCCAUUGCUUAAAAAUGUUCAUGUUCAUUUGUUUUGCUUUGUUUCUAUUCUGUGCAGUGCCCUCGUCAGGCAUGUCAGAUUGCAGGUUUAUUUCCUAGCACGAUUUUUUGUGAGUUAUUUUAAUUUGUUUACUUUUUGGGAUACUUUUAUUAAUGUCUAUAUGCCAUCUAGUUUUGAUUAUUUUCUUUAUUCUAUGAAAUUCAAAAUGUAUUGUAAAUGUUUCUAAUAAAACAAAAAAUAAUCCUC